UACGUGAUUCUAAACACGCAAUAGUGAUUCCCUUGCGAUAGGAUGAAAAGCGAUCCAUUAAUCGUUGCAAUAAUUUCACUAAUAUUGAUGUUAAUACCGGAAACAGCUACAGCUGAUCACAGAUCAAAAAGAAGUAACGUAGAGAACUUCAACGUGUUGCUAAGUAUUUACAAAAUGAAUCCUUUAAAGCAUUCCAAUGUAUUCAAAACGUUCUCUAAUCAUAUACUUUUACCGGGUCCGGAUGAACGUCGCUCUGCCUUGAAUUUCAAUAUAAAUGAAAGUCAUGAAAGUAGAGAGAAAAACAGUACGAAUACCAAAUCGAAAAACGAAGCACUCAUCAAUCAUGCAACACACAAACCAAACGACCGCCCCUUAUGUAUAAAGGAAGGGACGCCGGAAAAGUUCGAGCCGGGACACUUUCUCAGCAAAUUAGUUUCUAUCAAUGAAAUCGAUUUAGAUUUGAAAGAAAAUGAUGAUAGUGAUAUUUUUAAUGAUGGUUUGGUACAAAGUAACAUUACACAGUCCAAGCAAUUCAGUAAUGACGUAAACAAAUUAGAAAAUAAUCCUAACAGAAAGGAUGUAGAGAAAAUUGCUGAAAUAAAUGAGAGUUCAAAAGUUUUGAGCAAUGUAACUGAUAAUGUGGCUUACGUUGAUGAAACUAUAGUAUUAAAAUAAAGUUAUAAUGUUUGCUGGUUUAUUUAGGUCUAUUUGGAGGUCAUACCAAUUAAAAUUAGUCAAUUCAAGAUUUAUCUUUCUCCCCUAGACUUUAUUAAAUUGUUUCGUAAUAGAU